AUGGAUGUGGACGCCAAGUACCGCCAGGCCUCCCUCUACGUGGGUGACCUCGCCCCAGAUGUCACCGAGAACAUGCUGUUCAUGAAGUUCAGCACCGUGGGAACCGUGCUGUCCAUCCGCAUCUGCAGGGACCUGGCCACCCGCUGCUCCCUGGGCUACGCCUACGUGAACUUCCUGAAUGUGGGUGAUGCCCAGAAGGCCCUGGACACCAUGAACUUCGACGUGAUGCAAGGCAAGCCCAUCAGGCUCAUGUGGUCCCAACGUGACGCCUACCUGAGGAAAUCUGGAAUCGGGAACGUGUUCAUCAAGAAUCUGGACAAAUCCAUUGACAACAAAACGCUGUAUGAGCAUUUCUCAGUGUUUGGGAAGAUCCUGUCCUCUAAGGUGAUGUACGAUGACCAGGGCUCCAUGGGCUAUGCCUUCGUGCACUAUCAGAGCCAGGCUGCUGCAGACAGGGCCAUUGACGAGAUGAAUGGGAAGCUGCUGAAGGACUUUAGGAUCUUCGUCGGCCCAUUUAAAAACCGCAGAGAUCGGGAAGCUGAGCUCCAAAAUAAAGCCAAUGAGUUCACCAAUAUCUACAUCAAGAACUUUGGAGAUGACGUGGACGAUGAGAAACUGAGGGAGUUUUUCAGCCAUUAUGGCAAAAUCGUGAGUGUUAAGGUGAUGACAGAUUCCAGUGGGAAAUCCAAAGGCUUUGGCUUUGUGAGUUUCGAUACCCAUGAGGCUGCCAAAAGGGCCGUUGACAUAGUGAACGGGAGGGAAUUAUUCGGCCAGCCGGUAUUUGUAGGCCGGGCACAAAAGAAAGCAGAGCGACAAGCUGAGUUAAAGCAAUUGUUUGAGCAGCGGAGACACGAAACAUUUUGGCGGUUCAGGGGGUUGAAGAUCUAUGUUAAGAACCUCGAUGAUUCCAUUGAUGAAGAAAAGCUACGGAGAGCAUUUUCUCCUUUUGGCUCAAUUAUCAGAGCUAAGAUAAUGCAGGAACAAGGACGAAGCAGAGGUUUUGGCUUGAUCUGCUUCUCCUCUCCAGAGGAGGCUGCUAGGGCAAUGGCUGAGAUGAAUGGCCGCAUGUUGGGCUCCCAGGCAAUUAACAUCGCCCUGGCCCAGAGGGCCUAG